AUUGCCAUGAUGUAUACGGUGCAUGCAGGCAAAGCUGUAUGAUUCUACUCUACACAUCAUGCAUUCACGAUCACAAGCACUCGGAAUAUAAUAUCGACGACGUACGCACGUGACGCGCACGCUUAACCUCUCGAUCGAUCUGAUGCGAUAUGCAUGCUAUAGCCUUUGGAUCGGGGAACUCAUUCACUGAGCUCUCUUAAUUCUUAAUCUUCAAUAUUCGUUAAAAAAUCGUUUUCUGAAGAAAAACAACAUUUUCUAUUUGAGAACUUCUCUGAAAUGAUGACAUCUUCGGUAGUCAUGGCUGACAAGAUUUUUGCUUCUGGUGAGGACUGUAAAUCGAGCUGGAAUGAUGCGAUGGCAAAUUUUAACCAAGCAGACACGCACCUGGAAAUAAUGGGAAAGCCAGUUAUGGAAAGAUGGGAAACUCCCUACAUGCACGAGCUAGCUAAAGUUGCUUCGUCUAAAGGCGGUUGUGUUCUAGAAAUCGGUUUUGGCCUGGCCAUUGCAGCCACCAAGAUUCAGGAGGCGCCCAUUACGGAGCACGUUAUCAUCGAAUGUAAUGACGGUGUGUUCGAUCGCUUAGAAGAAUGGCGGAAAACCCAACCCCAUACCGUCACACCACUCAAAGGAAUGUGGGAAGAUGUCGUGCCUACGCUACCGGAUAACAAAUUUGAUGGUAUUCUGUACGACACCUAUCCUCUAUCUGACGCAACAUGGCAUACACAUCAGUUCGAAUUCAUCAAGAAUCAUGCGUUCAGACUAUUGAAACCAGGCGGUGUGUUAACAUACUGUAACCUCACCUCGUGGGGAGAGCUCAUGAAGAGCAAGUAUACAGACAUUCAACAAAUGUUUCAGGAAACUCAGGUCCCAUCUCUAUGUGAUGCUGGAUUUAAGAAGGAGAAUAUAUCGACCACUCUUCUACCCAUUACGCCUCCUAAAGAGUGCCGCUACUACGCCCAUAACUUCAUGAUUACACCCACUAUCUUAAAGGCAUAGCAGAUCUAACGGUAGCCAAAAUUAUUUGGCAAAUUAUGUGUUCUUAUAAUUGUUGGUGUUUUUCUUAAAAAAAAUUAACAAAUCCGUUCAUUCGAAAUCGUUGAAAGUUGCGAAUGGAUACUCGUUGAAAAUUUUAAUAUAUUUUGUGAGCUAACUGAUGAUUAACGUUAAAUAAAAGCAAAUAUCGAAGUACUGUUGAUUCUGGAAUGAAGAUUGCUAAUCUUGUCAUUGUGAUAUUUGAUGAAAUUUCACUUUUGUUGAAGUAAAGAAAAUGACGACUUUUUAUAUAUGAUAUUCCGUUCAUUGAUAUUUGUUUUUUCUAAGCCAUGUCAUGCAUCAGUCAUGAAAACAUUAAAAAAAAACAAUAUACACCUGAUAUAUAUUAACAAACGCCUUUUGACGUGGAUAUUUUGCUCAUAUAUUUUGUUACCUUCACAAUGAAGGGCGGAGGGAAUGGGGGAUAGCAUAUGUGAUGAAUGCAUAUCUGCACACACCGUAAUUUUUCCCUAUUCACUAAAUCUAUAUCAUAUUUUCUUCAGCUUUGCAGUAUAUGCCUUUCAUUGUCAUAAUAGUAUAAUCUGGUCUGGUGAAUUCAAAAGCUUUUCACGGGUCACUUGUUUUUCACUAAAACUUGUUAUAGCUUAGCUUGGAAUAGAAUGCGAGAGAGAUAAAUCACAUAUGUAUAUAGGCUUUAAGCAUGAAACAUAUUCGUAAUAUUCAUAAUACAUGUCCUUGCUUAAAGAACGCAAUACAAUGGAUGUAUGUAGCACAGUUUAUAAUCGUACCUCGGCCGCCCCCGGGGUUGGGAUAGUUGGCUCUUCCCCUCCCCCAAUUUACAUAGAAAAUGUAAUUUUUACAACUCUCACAAAAUGCCAUCAAAGGUGUUCUGUGCGCCAAAACUUUAAAUUUCCAUUAAAAAAGGAGAUAUAGGGGGGGGGGGUGACAUUAAUUAACAUGAAUCUAUAUCAGCACGUACCGCCGAGAAAUGAAUAUUACGUACGGCCAUGAUAAAGUCAGAGAUUGGUUUAUCUAAAUUUGCCCCGCAAUUUGUUUACUAAAGGCAAAGUUAUCCCCCAAUAAGGUUCAGAGAUUUGAAAUAAACUCCAAGUUUUCGCCAAUAUCAUGAAUAUAGUACCUAUUUUAUGCCUAGGUAUAGCUUCCGCAGCAUAAAUACCAUACAUAUAAUACGUUGACAUUUCCAAAUCGGCGUGGCUUCAAUAGCAUCAUAAUGGUUAUCUGAAUAGGAUAAAAUCUAUUGGGCAUUGCACAUGAAGUGAAUGAAAUGAACUGAAUACAGGCCUGGCGGGUGUUUCAUAAAGCUGUUCGUAAGUUAAGAGCGACUUUAAGAACGACUGGUGAUCCUUUCUUGUUGUAAAUGAUACACACCAUUGGCGAUGAUUUAGCGCGCAAGAAAGGAUCACCAGUCGUUCUUAAAGUCGUUCUUAACUUACGAACAACUUUAUGAAACGGCCCCCAGGAUGGCUAUUUUCAGUCAAGGCUUGUAAUAGUGUCACCACACAAAAAUUGAUUCUUUUACCACACAUUUCAUGAAUAAAGGAUCACGGGUAACGUGAUCAACUUGACCUAGCGCCAUGAUAACCCCUCCAACUAAGGUUAAUAAUUCUCAAUGCAAGUACACUUGUGUAAAAACAAGACCAUAGUAAAUGCAGGACUUAGAAUUUAAUGGAGGAUUUGACAUCACGGUGUAUUUAAUGAUUAUUCUUGUGGUCUAUAGGGGUUUUCUGAACUCUUUGAAGCAUGAAAGAAAAAAAAAAUAAUCGCACGCACACUCCGAAUUUAGGGCAAAUUUUAUAUCGAUUAUUUGGCGAAGCUAACAUUAGAUAUAUCAUUUUAUGUUUUAGUUUUCUAUUUAUAAGCAAAUUUAGAUGGGUGUAAAGCCUGUUGUUUGUAUAUCAUAUUGUUUUGUUGUGUAUUUACUGAUUAAAGUGUUGUGCAAAAUAAACAAAAAAUUACCCGUCUAUUCAGGCUCGUACUUUUUUUUUUUUUUUGCGAGCCAGUAAAAAGAGGUAUGAAUAUUGUGGAAGUUAACAUAUCUUACAGUUUUAGACACUGGAAGCUUCACUCUACAACUGGUAUUGCAAAAAUAUUAAUUUUAUCAUAUCAAAUACUCAAAUGAACAGUAGGGAUAUAUAGUUUUACAACUUUCGAUAUUCAAAAAGGUAGAGACUAAUGCAAUUCUGGUGCUUCGUAAAAAUGUACAGCUUAGUCGGUAUAGCUUGCCACCUUUGAGACCAGAAUUUGUAAAAUGAGCAUCUGUCAAAUGUGCGACAGGUAUUGUAUGCCAUUGCUGCUUUCAAAUACUUUAAUUUUGGCUGAUUUUAAACAAGCCUCUCCAUGAAACACAAUAAGAUUGCAGUAAUAAAGAUUUUACGUGCUGUGUCAUUUCAGGUUUUGAACUAUGAUUAUUGUUAAAUAAUGUAUAUGUUGCAUCACAACUCAUUCAUUACUGUUUGCAUGGCAUCCAGUGUUGUUGUACAUGGCACUGUGUGUAUGUUUUAUUAAACCAAGCAAAACAUUCUUGUUUUGUUGAAUACGAGUUUGAUGAAAA